UGUUCGUGUGCAGUGGUGCUGUUUGGACAGCAGGUGGAGCAAAAGGACUGCAGUAAUAAAGAAAGAGUGCGUUCAAUUUACUGAUUUUUCCUUCCUUCCUUUCUUUAGCUACACUUUGAUAUUAGUUUAGAAAAUGAUUUAAAUCCAGCUCAGUGUCAACAACAACACUGUCUACAAAACCAUUUUACAUCAGGCCUAGUCAUUACUUUUUUCUCUCUCCAUUGUUUGUAAUAUUUGUCAACAUUUAUUUUCUAAAAUAAAAGUCUCUGUGCAUUUAAAAAAUCCCUAAGGAGUAAUGAAAGGACAACCAGCCGGUGGCGCAGUUCUGCACCUUUUCUUCCCAGUGAAGAGUCUGUCCCAAACGCACGUCUUUAACCACUGGCACUCUCGAGGACUCUGGCCUCACGGGUUUGUAGUGUUGACGUCACUAAGUGCUGACUUAGAAGAGGCACUGAGGUCUGUUUGGGACACACCCUCGGCGCAUGCGCAAACAAAACCGAAAGCAACUUCACCCGAGAGGGAGAGAAGAUGACGCACAUCAUCGUUUGGAUUAAACACUGUACGCAUAUAAAUAAUUACAAACACUAAAACAGAAAUGCUGUAUUGUGUGUAGCUAAAAGUGAGAACGUGUUGUAUUAAAACAGAACUGUUCUCUGUUUAAACUCAGCGGUGGAUCAGACUGGUAGUCUAAGUUAGAAGAUGUACGACACUGAAACAUCAAAACAUCAGAACAUCAGAGUGAUGAAAUGUCUCAGUGUAAACGGGUCUAACUGCUGAAAUUUGCUGUAAAACUGGAGUUUAAGCAGGAACAGAAGACUGUGUCGGUUAUACUGGACAGUGUCGAAUAUUCCAUGAAUAGUUGUUCAACAGUUUGCAUGAACAGACAGUUGACAAAUUAAAGGAAAAACCUUAAUAGAUAAGUGGAGAAACAUAGUACAGUUAGGUAAUUAACAUCCCACCAGCUCUGCUGCAGGUCUGACAUGCUGAGCAGAUAAAGAGUGAAAGGGAUGGAUGGUAAAAAGAGAAGAUGCUUGAAGAGGAGAAUCUCUAUGAUGGAGCUUCAGAACUCCAGCAGUGGAGAAGGAACCUCUGGUCUGAAAUUCCAGAGAGACAGUGCAAUGUCCAGCUGUGUGUCUAUGAAGAGCGAGUGGUCCAUUGGGAACCCUCCUAAUUUCAGCACAGGGGGAGUAGAACCCAGCUGUGUGUCUAUGAAGAGUGGUUGGUCCAUUGGGAACCCUCCUAAUUUCAGCACAGGGAGAGGAGAACCCAGCUGUGUGUUUGUGAAGAGUGAUUGGUCCAUUGGGAACCCUCCUAAUGUCGGAAGUGCAGCGGUGCCUUCUGACCCAGGGAAGUGUUUCACAAAAGAAGCACUGCAGAUAAACCUUUUGGCAGAAGGAACAGGUGAGCGACAGCAGGAUUCUUACCAACCAGCUGGUGAUGUCCCACACAGAGUGUUAGAAAAAUACAAAACUAGCAUGAAGAACAAGUACGAAAGCUUAUUUGAGGGAAUCAGAACAGAAGAGAACAAAACCCUCCUGAACAGGAUUUACACCCAGCUCUAUAUCAUAGAGGGAGGGAGUGAAGGAGUGAAUAAGGAACAUGAGGUUCUACAGAUGGAGAAAACAUCCAGGAAACAACUACAUGACACUCCAAUCAACUGCUCAGAUAUCUUUAAAUCUGGACAAGGUCUUAAAAGAGAAACGGAAGAAGAAAAUGUCAGAGCUGUGACAGCAAAAGAUUUCAGACACAAAGCAAGAAAAGAAGACAAAGAACUAGGAGUGCAGAACCUCAGAGCUGUUCUGACUAAAGGCAUCGCUGGAAUUGGAAAAACUGUCUCUGUGCAGAAGUUCAUUCUGGACUGGGCUGAAGGAAAAGCCAAUCAGGAUGUAGAUUUCAUGUUUGUGCUUCCGUUCCGAGAGCUGAAUUUGAUUAAAGAUGAUAAAUACAGUCUUCAUGGACUUCUGUGUGACUUCCAUCCUGAGCUCAAAGAUCUGGACCCAGAGAUUUAUGAUCAGAUCAAAGCUGUGUUUAUAUUUGAUGGUCUGGAUGAAAACAGAAUUCCACUGAACUUUUCAGAGGGUGAGAAAAUAUCUGAUGUAACUAUGAAAUCGUCAGUGGGUGUGUUGAUGACAAACCUCAUCAAAGGAGAGCUGCUUCCUUCUGCUCUAAUCUGGAUAACCUCCCGACCAGCAGCUGCCAAUCAGAUCCCUCCUACAUACAUCAACCGUGUGACAGAGAUUCAGGGAUUCAGUGAGCCACAGAAGGAGAAGUACUUCAGGAAGAGGAUCAGUGAUGAAGAUCAAGCCAAGAGAAUCAUCUCCCACAUUAAGACAGUGAGGAGCCUCCACAUCAUGUGCCACAUUCCAGUCUUCUGCUGGAUCUCAGCCACUGUUCUUCAGAGAAUCAUGAAACAGCCUCAUACAGAAAUCCCUAAAACUCUGACUGAAAUGUACUCACACUUCCUGAUCACUCAGACAAACAUGAAGAACGAGAAGUAUGAGGAGGAACAUGAGAGAGACCCAAAGAACCUGCUGGAGUCCAACAGAACCGAUCUUCUGAAACUGGCUGAGCUGGCUUUCAAACAGCUGAUGAAGGGCAAUGUGAUGUUCUAUGAAGAGGACCUGAUAGAGAGCAGCAUUGAUGUCACUGAGGCCUCAGUGUAUUCUGGGAUUUUCACUGAGAUCUUUAGGGAGGAAUGUGUGCUUUACCAGAGGAAGGUCUACAGCUUUGUUCAUCUGAGCUUUCAGGAGUUCCUGGCAGCUGUUUAUGUGUUUCACUGCUAUAUGACUGACAACAAUAAGGUACUGCGGAUUUUUAAACCAGAGACGAAAUGGAAGAGUGUUCCACUGUAUGUCUUGAUACAGGGAAUUGUGGAUAAAGCUCUUGAGAGUCAGAAUGGACACCUAGACCUUUUCCUCCGUUUUCUGGUGGGCAUCUCACUGGAGUCCAAUCAGAGACUUCUAUGGGGUCUCCUGGCAGAUAAUCACAGCAGCUCAGAGAAAACCAUACAAUACAUCCAAGGGUUAAUCACAAGCUCUCAUUAUAAAGUGACUUACACACAGAGCAGCUCAGAGAAAACCAUAGAGCGCAUCAAGGGCUUAAUCAAAGAAUCGGAUAAAUUUUCCCACAAACAGAGCAGCUCAGAGAAACCCUUGGAGUUAAUCAAAGAGCAUAAUGAUAAACAGACUCAAACAGAGAGCAUCUCAAAGAAAACCAUAGAGUCAAUCAAGGAUUUAAUCAAAGAACAUGAUGAACUCAGCCACAUACAGAACAGCUCAGAGAAAACCAUGGAGUUCAUCAAAGUGCAUCAUCAUAAACAGACUCAAACAGAGAGCAUCUCUGAGUUAAUCAGUGAACAGGAUUUUGAACAGAUUUGCACACAGAGUAGCUCAGUAGGUUAUUUAAAAGCUCCUGAUGUAAAACUGACUCAAACACACAGCAUCUCAGAGAAAAUCAUAGAGCACAUCAAGGGCUUAAUAAUAAAAUAUGAUACAUUGACUCAAACACAGAGAAUCUCAGAGAAAACCAUAGAGUUAAUCAAAGGGCCUGCUGAUCAACAGACUCAAACAGAGAGCAUCUCAAAGAAAACCAUAGAGUCCAUCGAGGAUGUAAUCAAAGAGCAUGAUAAACUGACCCACACACAGAGAAGCUCAGGGAAAACCAUAGAGUUAAUCAGAGAGUUAAUCAAAGGAUAUGAUGAUAAAGUGAUUCACACACGGAGCCCCUCAGAAGAAACCAUAGAUUGCAUCAGAGACUUAAUCAGAGGAUAUGAUUAUAUGUUCAUUCAGAUAACAAACAGCACAGAGAAAACAAUGAAUUGCAUCAAUAAAUUAAUCAAGGAAUAUUACUAUACACUGACUCAGGCAAAGAGCAGCUCAGAAAUAACAAUAGAAGACAUCAAGAAAUUAAUCAAAGUGUAUGAUUAUACAUUGACUCUGGCACAGUGGAGCUCAAAGAAAACAAUAAAGUACAUCAAAAAAUUAAUCAAAGCAGAAGACAGACAAUAUCACAUCUCAAUUGAAAGAUCUCUCAAUCUUUUCCUCUGUCUGUCUGAAAUGAAUGAUCAGUCUCUCUCCAGAGAAAUUGAGGAGUAUCUAAAAUCAGAGAAAUGCUCAGAAGAGAAGCUCUCUCCUGGACAGUGUUCAGCACUUGCCUGCAUGCUCCUGAUCUCAGAGCAGGUGCUGGAUGAGCUGGACCUGAGGAAAUACAACACAUCAGAGGCAGGUUAUAGGAGACUGAUCCCAGCUGUGAAUGUCUGCAGAAAAGCUCUACUAGCUGGUUGUAAUUUCACAGUGGAUACCUGUGAAACUCUCUGCUCAGCUCUACAAUCAGAAAACUCUCCCCUGAGAGAGCUGGACCUCAGUAAUAAUGAUCUGCAGGAUUUGGGAGUGGAGCUGCUCUCUGCUGGACUGAAGAGUUCACACUGUAAACUGGAGACACUCAGACUCUCAGCCUGUAAUCUCACAAAGGACACCUGUAAAACUCUUUGCUCUGCUCUAAAAUCAGUAAGGAAUUUGGAUCUCAGUAAUAAUGACCUGCAGGAUUCAGGAGUGGAACUGCUCUCUGCUGAUCUAAAGAGUUCACACUGUAAACUUGAGAUACUCAGACUGUCUGACUGUAAUUUCACCACAAACUCCUGGGAAAAACUAGCUUCAGCUGUACAAUCAGUCAACGCCUCCUUGAAAGAGCUGGACCUCAGUAACAAUUAUCUGCAGGAUUCAGGAGUGGAGCUGCUCUCUGCUGGACUGAAGAGUUCACACUGUAAACUGGAGACACUCAGACUAGCUACCUGUAACCUUGGGGAAAAGGUUUGUGAAAAUCUGGGAUCAGUUCUGCAGUCAGUAAACUCACCCUUGAAAGAGCUGGAUCUCAGCAACAACAAACUACAGGAUUCAGGAGUGGAGCUACUCUCUGCUGGGCUAAAGAGUCCACAGUGUAAACUGGAGAUACUCAGAUUAGCUUUCUGUUAUUUUGGAGGAAAAUGUUGUGAAACACUGGGAUCAGCUAUACAGUCAGUAAACUCCUCCCUGAAAGAGUUGGAUCUCAGUAACAAUGACCUGAAGGAUCUAGGAGUGGAACUGCUCUCCACAGGACUGAAGAGUUUGUACUGUAAACUGGAGACACUCAGAUUGUCUGGUUGUAUGGUCACAGAUGAAGGUUGUUCUUGUCUGGCUUCAGCUCUGAAAUCAAACCCUUCUCACCUGAGAGAACUGGAUCUAACCUAUAAUCACUCAGGAGAGUCCGGAGUGAAGCUGCUCUCUGAUCUACUGGAAGAUCCACAUUGCACACUGGAGAAACUACACCUGGAGCAUAGUGAGACAAUUAGGAUGAAACCAGGACUGAGGAAAUAUGCCUGUGAGCUCACUCUGGACCCACACACAGCACACACACGUCUGUGUUUGUCUGAGGAGAACAGAAAGGUGGAGUGUGUGAAGAAACAUCAGCCGUAUCCAGAUCAUCCAGACCGAUUUAAUCACUAUGAGCAGGUUCUGUGUAGAGAAGGUCUGACUGGACGCUGUUACUGGGAAGCUGAAUGGAGUGGGGUGGGGGCUGAUAUAGUAGUUACAUAUAAAGACAUCAGCAGGAAAGGAGACAGUGAUGACUGUUGGUUUGGAUGCAGUAAUCAGUCCUGGAGUCUGUACUGCUCUGAGAGUGGUCAUUCUUUCAGCCACAAUAAGAAGAAAACUGCUGUACCAGCCUCCUGCUUCAGUUCGCACAGGGUAGGAGUGUAUCUGGACUGGGAGGCCGGCACUCUGUCCUUCUACAGCGUCUCACCUGACACACACACACUGACCCACCUACACACAGUCCACUCCACAUUCUUUGAGCCACUCUAUGCAGGGUUCUGGGUUGGUUCUUUCUCCUCAGUUUGUGUCUGUGAGGUAAAAUAGUUUACGGUGUGCUGGGUUUUUACAGAAUUUUCUAGUUAUAACUUGUCAUGCUGCAAACCUAGCAGAGCAAAUUUAAGUCAGAUUCAAAACAUGUAGCUCAUGUUACAUAUUAUCUUAUGGUAUUAUGUAUUUUGUGUAUUACAUUGUUAUGCAUGUAUUAUUUUGUGUAUGCAUUUUAUGUAUUACUUUUUUGUAUAAUACAGAAGAGAAUAUGCAAACAUAUCCUAUUCACCAGGUUGGGAGGGUUACUUUAAAAGUGUAUUCCGUUACAUAUUACUGAUUAUCUGUUACACAUUUUAAAUUGUAACCUAAUCCAAAGGAUUACUAUAUUAAAGUAACGUAAUCUGAU